AAAACCACAAUAAAACAAAUAAAAUAAAAACCCUACCCUCACAAAAAUAAACACACACGUGACCACACUGAAUCGGGAACAACAUCCGCAUUCCUCCGUACCCUUCAUAACCAUAGCAGAGCCAUCCAAAGCAUCACUACCACGACAAAGAAACCACCAAAUCCAGGUAUAUAGCAUCAAAAGACGUUCAAAUAAGCUUAUAAUUAAAGCCCAGCCCUCCCCGAACGCCUACAGCAAGCCAUCCUCCAAACGGAGCGCACAGCGAGCAGGUUCCAGGCCCACUCUUGCCAUUAGGCAGCCAGAUAUUUUCCCUCUACUAUCCUACUACUGGGUACAUCACAGCGGGAAGGCUUGAAAAAGCAAGCGCCAAGAUAAUUCUCGAACUUCAGAUCAGCUGUUCGCCCGCGCCGCCGGGUGGCGACUGCUUUGGGGGGGAAUCAUCUAUCAUUCGUUCGGUGGGCUGUGGACGGGAGGGUCGGUGGUGGACGUCGUGGUGGGAUUGCCCUCGUGGGUACCGGUGUAGUACUUCAUCUUAUGGGAUGAUCUCGGUGUGCUGAGAUGUACCUCCCUGUAGAAGGGAGCUGUGUAGUAGUCUCUGCUGGAUUCGGUAGGGCAGUGUGGAUUCAGGGUCCUUCCUACUACUCCGAUGGGCUGGGUCCUAGUACUACUUUACUACUCACUCCGAGUCAUCUUUGUUUUGUUCCGAUGGUUGAUCCUAUUCGUGCGUGCUUUGAUCCUGCCUGAUGAUUAGUUAAGUGGUUCUUCGUUUUCUUUGUCUUAUCUAAGCUCUUGC